UAAAAAAAAGCUUCCUCGGGUUUGUUUGUUAUUUUUAAAGUUUACUGUUUUCACCGCAGUAAAAAAAAAAAACAGUUUCGGAAAUUUACUGUUGCUGACGUGGCAUGCACCCAAUAGGAAACAGCUAUGAAUACAAAAACGAUGCGUCUUCCACCACGCCGAGUUAUCUCCGGCACCGUCGCCGGGAAACAAACGGAAACCGUCGUGAAAAAUCCACCACCACCGACGACGCCGAUUAAAUCUAUCCUCAAGAAAACUCCGUUCAUCCCUCAUCCGUCACCACCAACAACAACCGCCGCCGUAGCCGUAGUAGCCGAGCCGGGUUGUUCGAACCAGCUCUUAGCCGGGUACUUGGCUCACGAGUUUCUCAACGAAGGCACACUCUUCGGAGAGCUUUGGAACCCAUCUAGAGCCCAAGCCGGCCCAUUUACGGCCCAAUUAACUGAGACGAAGAGAACUAAGCCGAGCCAUCAUGAUAUAGAAGAGCCGAGUGAUCAGAAACGGAGGAGGAGAUAUGUUGAGGUUGCUAACAUACUCCGUGUUGAUGGCGCACACUUGCCUGGUAUCGUCAACCCUUCACAGCUUGCUCGUUUCCUUAAAUCGUGACGGCGUUAAUCGACGUGGAGCUUUCUUAUUGGUCCGUCUUUUAAAUUAACAAGACGGUCGUAAUACCGAAACGUUUCCUUUUAUUGUAAAGCUCUCUCUCUCUCUGUCUCUCUCUAUCUAUCGUCUUCUUCGAAAUUGACUCAGAAAUGUUUAGGGUUUCGAAUUUUGUAAUAUGGUUUCGAUUAGCCAAAAUUUAUGCUUUAAAAAUUGAAAAAAUUGGAUCCAGAUUUUAGUGUUUUG